AUGGAUGAAGAUGGACUUCAAUUACAACCACAAGAGCCAAACUCAUUUUUUGAUGCAACAGGAGCUGAUGCUACACACAUGGACGGUGAUCAAAUUGUUGUGGAAGUACAAGAAACUGUUUUUGUUUCAGAUGUUGUGGAUUCAGACAUAACUGUGCAUAACUUUGUUCCUGAUGACCCAGACUCCGUUGUAAUCCAGGAUGUUAUUGAGGAUGUUGUUAUAGAAGAUGUUCAGUGCCCCGAUAUCAUGGAAGAAGCAGAUGUAUCUGAAACGGUCAUCAUUCCUGAGCAAGUUCUGGACUCAGAUGUAACUGAAGAAGUUUCUUUAGCACAUUGCACAGUCCCAGAUGAUGUUUUAGCUUCCGACAUUACUUCAGCCUCAAUGUCUAUGCCAGAACACGUCUUGACGAGUGAAUCCAUACAUGUAUCUGAUGUUGGACAUGUUGAACACGUGGUUCAUGACAGUGUAGUAGAAGCAGAAAUCGUCACUGACCCUCUGACAACGGACGUCGUUUCAGAAGAAGUAUUGGUAGCAGAUUGUGCCUCUGAAGCAGUCAUAGAUGCCAAUGGGAUCCCUGUGGACCAGCAAGAUGAUGACAAAAGCAACUGUGAGGACUACCUUAUGAUUUCCUUGGAUGAUGCUGGCAAAAUAGAACACGAUGGUUCCUCUGGAAUGACCAUGGAUGCAGAGUCGGAAAUCGAUCCUUGUAAGGUGGAUGGCACUUGCCCUGAAGUCAUCAAGGUGUACAUUUUUAAAGCUGACCCUGGAGAGGAUGACUUAGGUGGCACCGUAGACAUUGUGGAGAGUGAGCCUGAGAAUGACCAUGGAGUUGAAUUACUUGAUCAGAAUAGCAGUAUUCGUGUGCCAAGGGAAAAGAUGGUUUAUAUGACUGUCAACGACUCUCAGCAAGAAGAUGAAGAUUUAAAUGUCGCGGAAAUUGCUGAUGAAGUUUAUAUGGAGGUGAUCGUAGGGGAGGAGGAUGCGGCGGCGGCGGCGGCUGCCGCCGCGGCGCACGAUCAGCAGAUCGACGACAAUGAAAUCAAAACCUUCAUGCCAAUCGCAUGGGCAGCAGCUUACGGUAAUAAUUCUGAUGGAAUUGAAACCCGGAAUGGCACUGCAAGUGCCCUCUUGCACAUAGAUGAGUCUGCUGGGCUCGGCAGACUGGCUAAACAAAAACCAAAGAAAAGGAGAAGACCUGAUUCCAGGCAGUACCAAACAGCAAUAAUUAUUGGCCCUGAUGGACAUCCCUUGACUGUCUAUCCUUGCAUGAUUUGUGGGAAAAAAUUUAAGUCGAGAGGUUUUUUGAAAAGGCACAUGAAAAACCAUCCUGAACACCUUACCAAGAAGAAGUACCGCUGUACAGAUUGUGAUUACACUACCAACAAGAAGAUAAGUUUACACAACCACCUGGAGAGCCACAAGCUGACCAGCAAGGCAGAGAAGGCCAUCGAAUGCGACGAGUGUGGGAAGCAUUUCUCUCAUGCUGGGGCUUUGUUUACUCACAAAAUGGUGCAUAAGGAAAAAGGAGCCAACAAAAUGCACAAGUGUAAAUUCUGUGAAUACGAGACAGCUGAACAAGGGUUAUUGAAUCGCCACCUUUUGGCGGUCCACAGCAAGAACUUUCCUCACAUUUGUGUGGAGUGUGGGAAAGGUUUUCGUCACCCGUCAGAGCUCAAAAAGCACAUGCGCAUCCAUACCGGGGAGAAGCCGUACCAGUGCCAGUACUGCGAAUAUAGGUCUGCAGACUCUUCUAACUUGAAAACACAUGUAAAAACUAAGCAUAGUAAAGAGAUGCCAUUCAAGUGUGACAUCUGUCUUCUGACUUUCUCAGAUACCAAAGAGGUGCAGCAACAUGCUCUUAUCCACCAAGAAAGCAAAACACACCAGUGUUUGCACUGCGACCACAAGAGCUCGAACUCAAGCGAUUUGAAACGACACAUAAUUUCGGUUCACACGAAGGACUACCCUCAUAAGUGUGACAUGUGUGAGAAGGGCUUUCACAGGCCUUCCGAACUCAAGAAACACGUGGCUGCCCACAAGGGUAAAAAAAUGCACCAGUGUCGACAUUGUGACUUUAAGAUCGCAGAUCCAUUUGUUCUGAGUCGCCAUAUCCUCUCCGUUCACACAAAAGAUCUUCCGUUUAGGUGUAAGAGAUGUAGAAAGGGAUUUAGGCAACAGAAUGAGCUUAAAAAGCAUAUGAAGACCCACAGUGGCAGGAAGGUGUAUCAGUGUGAGUACUGUGAGUAUAGCACUACAGAUGCGUCCGGCUUUAAACGGCACGUUAUCUCCAUUCAUACGAAAGACUACCCUCACCGGUGCGAGUACUGCAAGAAAGGCUUCCGGAGACCUUCCGAAAAGAACCAGCACAUAAUGCGACACCAUAAAGAAGUGGGCCUGCCCUGACGAUACUGCUACAGACAUUUGUGGAGAUGUUGGCCUUGAAGCGGAAAUUUCAUUUUAAAGCCAAUCCAUCUCGUUCACAUAACAAUACUGUAUAUUGAUUUAUGCUGUGUACAAAUAGAAUUAUUGCUUCUAGUUGAGUUGGGUUUUUUUUUUACAUUUUGUUUAAUAGUGUGUUCUGAAUUCUAUUCAGUUUGUUUAAUAAAUGGGGGAAAGCAGCAACAAGUAAGUUGCUUUUAAUAAAGUAAUCCCUGAUUCUAUACUGAAUUUUUCUAUCUUAGAAGUUUUAUAUUUAUUUAAAUAUUUACCUUGCUUACCUUGAUGGUACUCUUCUAAGACCAUUUAACUUAAAGUUAAGGUAACUUUAGAUUGAUAACUCUGAAAAGAUUCAUGUUGACUCAUUUUUUUUUUCCCAUAAAAUUCUCACAAUAAAAUUGUCAGAGACAUCUACUAACAUAAAUGGGAGAUUUUACAGUCAGGUCUAAUUAUCCUAACAUGGAAGUCAUUUACUUGUCUUGCUUACUAUUUUCAGACCACAUGACAAUGAAGGUUUCCAUUUGAGCUUUUGCGUCCCUGGCAUCGCUGAGGAAAGAACAGUGGCUGGGUUCGUGUUUACUUUUCGUUUUGUUCAGCAGACAAACUAUACUUCUUUGUGGGCUUUCUUUGGCGUAUUUACAUCUUUUGUCAGCAUAGCAAACUUUUAGAAAACUUCCUUGACAAAUUUUGCUUGAUGCUGUUGUAUUUUGAUUAUUCCGUCUGUGCUGCUUUGUCUUGGAAUGGUUGUGUGCUACAAAUGCGAUUAUUGAGGACUGCAUUUUGGAAUCUCCUAGAGGUAAUUCGUGGCUCGUAGGAUCUUUUGCGACUUUAUAUAUGUAAAUGUACCCUGAAUUAUAUAUAUGCACAUAUAUAGAGAACAUGUAUCUGUGUGUAUUGCUUAUUUUACAUAUUUAUACACACAACCCCAGUAGUAGUUAAGAUCUAUAAUGAAAAGUAUUAAAUUUACAAUAACAUGAAAGAUGCAGGGAUGCAUGAGAGAGCAUUUUGUAAAUCAUGCUCUUCAGAGAGACUACUCAGGUGAAGAAUUAGAAGGAAAAUAAGGACACUAGUAUUUUUAAAGAGUAAAGGUAUUUUCUUUUAAAUAUCUUUGGUAAUUGAAAAAAUAGACGUUAAGAUGUUUCUAGAUAGAAUGUUUUCAUACAACUUCAGCUCCAUGCCUUUAUAUUUUUCUGAAAAGCUAAUGAGUAUCCGGACAUAACUCCCUCAGUUCUCUCUGAGAAGCCCAUGAGGGAACUCUGCGUCACCCAGUGAGGGGGCUUAAGGAAACCACAGCUCCAUGUCCCAGAGAUUGGGUGCUAAUUAUGACUUACACUGGGCGGGUCCAGCCUGCUCUUUUAUUUCUUAGUUACAGUUAGCAAACAUUAAAAAACUGAACGCUCAGCUUGGCUUUGGUUAGAAGAUAAAGGUGUGUUUAAGUGCAUGAGGAAAAUCUGAGGCCUUAUUUGGAACAUCACCAAGUCUUUCACAGUUUUGUCUGUCUUUGAGAGCCGACAUUUUUUAAACAAACAGUUCUGAAUCAGAGUCAGAAAUGCAUAAAAUGAACUCGGUUAAUUAGAAUUUGAUUAUGUUAAGAGGGAUCUUGGAAAAUGGAAAACAGUUUUUGGGGUCCUUUAAAUUGGCUGUCAGCAUAUGAGUAUCUGGCACGUCGUAGGAGAUUUAGGAAUUUUCUUCCCACUGGAUAGCUGCCUUGCCACUUCAUUAUGGUGCUCCAUCCCCUUUGUGCUGUUAGGUUUUGACCUUUCAUCUUUCCCUUUGCCAUUGAUAUUUGUAUUCAAGAAUUAUAUUUAUAGGGUUAGAAAUCUAAAUAUUUGGUGGUUGGCAAGCCUCUGAAAUGCUAGAUUGAUUUCGUCCAGUUGUAAAUCAAGUGCUUUAGGCUGGUAUGAACUCCAACCUGAAUGCCAGUUAAAGCCAAGGCAUGGGCCUAUCCCAGUGGGAGCUCCUGUGCCCUCUUGGCUCACAUACAUGCUUUUUUUUUAAAGUAACUUACAAUUGUGUGAUUCAUUGCCCCGCAGUACUAUCCUUGAAAGCUCUGUCUGUUUUUUUGUGAGAACCUUUAAAAAUCUCCUUCAUUUUUUUCCCCAGAAAUCAUGUAAAAGAAGACACUUAAAUGAAAGUGGAAAUUUAUUAACCUUAAAACAUGCUGUAAAAUUAGUACAGAAAAUAUAAAUAAUUGGUCAUUUAACUAUAUUUUUUUAAAUAAACUGAAAGAUAAAGAACACAACACUCUACACACUUUAUAUUUCUCUUACAUAGUCUGGAAUCAUACACAGUUAUUUUCUUUUUAAAGCACAAUAUUGAAACCUUUAAAAGGUAUUUAAGGGUUUGGUCAAGUGAAUAUGAUAAAAUGUAUUUGUCUGUAUAAAGAGAAAAUGAAAUUGUAGUCACUGUUAUGUACUGACAUUAGUUACAACCUAGUUUUAAUUCUUAAAACAAUUUUGAUUAGCAAAGCUAAAAAAAAUGGAUGUUUCAGUUAAAUGUUUUAAAGAGGUACAGAUUUUUACAAGGACAUAAUAUAAGUUAUUGUUCUGUAGAAAUAUCCUAUUAAAUAUUGUAUGUCCCUCCCUCUGUACACUUUGUAAAAAAAAAAAAGUAAAAUACAUAAAAAGAAAAUCAUAUAGGGAUGUGUGACAUUAUUGUAAUUGUGUACUUGAGAAUAACGUGCAAAAAUAAAAAUCAGAAUAUUUU